AUGGAUGAGGAAUAUGAUGUGAUCGUUUUGGGCACGGGACUGACGGAAUGCAUCCUGUCCGGGAUCAUGUCUGUGAACGGCAAGAAGGUUCUGCACAUGGACAGAAACCCGUAUUACGGCGGCGAGAGUUCAUCCAUCACCCCCUUAGAGGAGCUUUACAAGCGUUUCAGUCUUCCUAACAGCCCGCCGGAAUCCAUGGGCCGAGGACGCGACUGGAAUGUGGACCUCAUCCCUAAGUUCCUUAUGGCUAACGGUCAGCUGGUGAAGAUGCUACUCUACACGGAAGUCACUCGCUACCUGGACUUCAAAGUGGUCGAGGGAAGCUUCGUGUACAAGGGAGGAAAGAUCUACAAGGUGCCCUCCACCGAGACCGAGGCAUUGGCUUCAAAUUUGAUGGGAAUGUUCGAGAAGCGCCGCUUUCGAAAGUUCUUGGUCUUCGUGGCCAACUUUGAUGAGAAUGACCCCAAGACCUUUGAGGGAGUGGACCCCAAGACCACCACCAUGAGGGAUGUUUACAAGAAAUUCGACCUGGGCCAGGAUGUCAUUGACUUCACAGGCCACGCCCUUGCCCUCUACAGGACUGACGAGUACCUUGACUUUCCGUGCCUGGACACCAUCAACCGAAUUAAACUUUACAGCGAGUCGUUGGCGCGUUACGGAAGGAGCCCCUACCUCUACCCCUUGUACGGCCUCGGAGAGCUGCCGCAGGGAUUUGCCAGAUUGAGCGCCAUCUACGGAGGCACCUACAUGCUGAACAAGCCCGUGGACGAAAUUGUCAUCGAAGGCGGCCACGUGAUUGGCGUCAAGUCUGAAGGCGAGGUGGCACGUUGCAAGCAGCUCAUCUGCGACCCCAGCUACAUACCCGACCGCGUGCGCAAAGCGGGCCAGGUGAUCCGCGUCAUUUGCGUCCUCAGCCAUCCCAUCAAAAACACCAACGACGCCAACUCCUGUCAGAUCAUCAUCCCUCAGAAUCAGGUCAACCGCAACUCGGACAUCUACGUGUGCAUGAUCUCUUAUGCCCACAACGUGGCGGCACAGGGGAAGUACAUCGCUAUUGUCAGCACCACGGUGGAAACCAGCGAGCCGGAGGCUGAGAUACAACCUGCCUUCGAGCUGCUGGAGCCCAUCGACCAAAAGUUUGUGGCGAUCAGCGAUCUCUACGAGCCAACUGAUGACGGUACAGAGAGCCAGAUCUUCGCCUCCAGCUCCUACGACGCCACCACUCACUUCGAGACCACCUGCAACGAUAUCAAGGACAUCUACAAGCGUAUGACCGGCAGCGACUUUGACUUUGAGAACAUGAAGCGCAAACAAAACGACGUGUUCGGGGAGGACGAACAGUGA